AUGGGAAAACGACGUUCGUCGAUCUCAGUCGAGACGACACCAGAUCUCGCCUUCAUAAAGAAGGGUCAUCUCAAUAUGCUCAUCUACACAAGUAAAGAGAUGGGUGCUGUGCGAGUGCCAGUAGAUUCACUUGAUUUCCUUGAGGAUACCCGGUUGGUGCGUAAUAAAUCAAUGGAUCAAAUUAAUUUUAGUAACGAUUGCGUCUUUAAGGUUACACUAGAAUUUAUAGAGUCAAUGCCUUGUAUGGAGGAAACGGCAGUACGAGAGUCAACAGAUUGGGUGCUUUGCUCUUGCAAAGGAUCUACCGCAUUUUACUCACCUGUUGAAAAGCGAUUAGUAUUGCAGCAGUGUUUCGUAUGCGUACAAAGUAACAUACCGGAACUAGAGGCUCCUUUCAUAUUAGUGUUAUACUUGGAGGAGAAUGAAUGGUUGGUGGAGCGUGCAUUGCGAUAA